AUGGUGCAGCGUGCAUCAUCCUCAGAUGCUCCCUCAAUUCAGGGCGGCCAUAAUCGAGAGUCUCGAUUUGGCCUUGGAUAUACAUCGUACCAAAGCGGAUACAAUAAACUCUUUACUCAGGGUUCUGCCGACUCGAACUACUCACAACCGUCAUCCGAUCUGUCGCUAGACGAGGAAAAGGAAUCGCUUCGGCGAGAAAAGGAACGUCAGGCCUUAAGCCAGUUGGAUAAAGCGAGGAGUAAACCAGUAGCGUUCGCUGUGCGAACCAACGUAGCGUACGAUGGCACAAUUGACGACGAUUCGCCCGUUCAGGGUGGUGCAGUUUCAUUUGAGAUGCGGGAGUUCCUGCACAUCAAGGAGAAGUAUGACAAUAACUGGUGGAUCGGCAGACUGGUUAAGGAAGGCUGUGAUGUGGGCUUCAUACCCAGCCCCGCUAAGCUAGACAACAUUCGCAUGCAGAAUCAAACUAGACCCUCAAGACUGUAUGGCACAAAGGGCUCAUCUAGUGGUAAUCUGGGUGCGGGACAAGCAGGUGCGGAGCCAUCACGAGGUAGCACACCCCCCACACCUGGUGACGAAUCAGAUUCCAUGGGACCAGGACGACAUGGCAAGACACCAUUAGCAACGCCACCCAAUAAGGAGAAGCGCAAGCCUUUUUUCAAGAAACAGGAAACAGCCAGCCCGUACGAUGUGGUGCCAUCGAUGCGGCCCGUUGUGUUAGUGGGUCCAAGCCUUAAGGGUUACGAGGUAACCGACAUGAUGCAGAAGGCGCUCUUCGAUUUCCUCAAGCAUCGCUUCGAAGGACGCAUUAUCAUAACACGCGUUAUGGCCGAUAUAUCCCUGGCGAAGCGAUCUAUAAUGAACAAUCCAUCGAAGCGUGCCAUCAUGGAACGUUCCACCAGUCGGUCCGAUUGUCUGGGCAAGGUGCAAGAGGAGAUCGAGCGCAUCUUUGAGCUGGCCCGUUCACUGCAGCUGGUCGUACUCGAUUGUGAUACAAUCAAUCAUCCGUCACAAUUAGCAAAAACUUCAUUAGCGCCAACAAUAGUUUACUUAAAGAUUAGUAGUAGUAAGGUUUUACAGCGUUUAAUCAAAUCACGGGGCAAAUCGCAAGCUAAAAACUUAUCCGUACAAAUGGUUGCUGCCGAAAAGUUAGCCCAAUGUCCACCCGAAAUGUUCGAUGUAAUUUUAGAUGAGAACCAAUUGGAAGACGCCUGCGAGCAUAUCGCCGAAUACCUGGAGACAUAUUGGAAAGCCACGCAUCCAGAUAUUCGCACAGGCACCACAGUACCGGCCAUUGCUAGACCGAUACCGUCUCAGGAGGUGUCGGCAUCACCCUCCGGCGAUCAAGCGCGCUUGGGUCCAACACCACCAGUCGAUGGCGAGGAGUUUGAUGAGCACGAGCCUAGAAUGGCGAGUGCCGAGCGUGAGGGUAGUCGGGAGCGAGAGCGAGAGCGAGACAAUGGCAGUAGGGAAAGAGAACGCGAGAAUGAACGGGACUAUUGGGAUAGAGAGUUCAACAGAGAUCGCAGUUCGAAAGACAGAGAAAGAGAUUUGGAGUGGGAGCGCGAGAGAGCACGCGAAUGGGAAAGAGAGCGAGAAAGGGAUUGGGAUAGAGAGUUCGAUUGGGACCAAGGAGGUGCCUCUUACCAUCAUAGCCGUCGUCAGGCCUCAGGACGACACCAGGAGCGCAGCGUGGGCAGCGGCGGAGUUGGCCAUGCGGCCGGCUAUGAGCGUGACAGGGAGCGCUACGAGCGGCAGGAAAGGGAACGACUCCAUGCACGUGAUCGCGAUCUUAUGCACUACGAUCUUAACAGCGACGAGAUGCUGGACGAACGAAAUUUUGAGUAUCCGGCAAUGCGCAGCGGGCCCAGCGGCGCCUCCCACCAUGGUCAUCUGUCGCGCGGCGGUCGACUUCUGGACGAUGCAGAAUUUGAGCGUGAGGAUCGACUGAUGGGCAGCUCAAGAUCGCGCUACGGACCCGGACCCUCGACGCGCAUUGACGAUCCCCGUGAUGUGCCGCGCGCAGCAGCUGUUGUGGAUCGCGAUCGCGAUGAAUACAGUCCGCACAGAGGUGGUGGAAGUAGUAGGAGAAUGCUGAAUGCCAUGUAGGAAUCGUG